GCUCUUAGAACACUUAAGAAAACAUCUCAGGUUGCAGGAAGUUGUUGUGGCGCUCUUCUUUUUCACUUUUGCAUUGUUGUGGCAUGCAUGUAGGUUACACAGUGACGUUAAUGAUUGAGAUCUGACAGGCUGUUCAGAAAGCAGGCAUACUGCUCCGAGAGCGUUUGUGAGAAGACGCAAGUGGGCGCUUGGAAAACUGUGACGGUCUGCGGGGAUGUGGAAACAGAGACGCUCGGCUUUGUGAGAGAGUUUAGUAAAGCCCCAGAGAGAGGGAGAGAAAUACAGAGAGAUAGAGAAGGAAAUGUAGAAAGGGAGAGGGGAGUGUCUGUUGUGAGAGUUUCCUGUCGACACAGAGCUGAUAUAGAGAGGGAAGACAGGAGGAAAGAAAGCUGGCAGCUUCACCAGAUCCAGCAGGUGAAACUCAAGUGCAUUAUUCACAUCAAGGUGGGUCAGAGUUGAAACCACACCAUCAGCAUGGGAAAGCAGAACAGCAAGCUCCGUCCCGAGGUGAUACAGGACCUGCUGGAAAACACAGACUUCACUGAGCAUGAGAUCCAGGAGUGGUACAAGGGCUUCCUGCGGGACUGUCCCAGCGGCGCGCUCAGCAUGGAGGAAUUCAAGAAGAUCUACGGAAACUUCUUCCCCUAUGGAGACGCGUCAAAGUUUGCGGAGCACGUCUUCCGAACCUUCGAUGCCAAUGGAGACGGAACGAUAGAUUUCAGAGAGUUCAUCAUCGCUCUGAGCGUCACGUCACGAGGCCGUCUGGACCAGAAGCUGAAGUGGGCCUUCAGUAUGUACGAUCUGGACGGCAACGGAUACAUAAGCAAGGCCGAGAUGCUGGAGAUCGUACAGGCCAUCUAUAAGAUGGUUUCUUCAGUGAUGAAGAUGCCAGAGGACGAGUCCACACCUGAGAAACGCACGGAUAAGAUCUUCCGCCAGAUGGACACCAAUCGUGAUGGUAAGCUGUCGCUCGAAGAGUUUGUUGAGGGUGCAAAGAGCGACCCAUCCAUCGUGCGACUGUUGCAGUGCGACCCCAGCAGCGCGGGACAGUGAAUCAGCGCUCAUAACCUCUCUUCCUCAAGUCUUUCUGUGUUCGCUCUCCUUCAGAUAUCAGCAGAGCACGGACUCCAAAACCACAGGCCGAUCUCUGAGUGUCUGUGGGUUUCCCUCUGAACACCACGCAUGAGAACUUUAUUUCCCCACAGACACAGAUCCGUUCAGAAAUCAUACACAAGAAGAUCGUGUCCAUGUGUCUCUCUGGAUUUUGAAUUCCUCAUAUAAGGCUUUUUGCAUUUUAACACAACAGGCAGUGAUGCAAGUGACAUCCUGUUGUAAGCUUUUGGUACUGAAAUAAACCCCUUCGAAAAGAGCUUUAAAGAAUAACAGAGAGGGAGUCGAAGCAAAUUUUCCAAGUGUGCAAAAUGCACCAUAUAAUGUGACACCUUGUCAAACUUUUCGAAACAGCAAAAUAUAGUUUAUUUAAGAAUUAUUUUAAAAUAAAUUCAGUCAUUUUACAAAUGUCAUUCCUAGUGUUCCUAGUAUUUCAGUUCCAUUCAUCACAAACAUCUAUUUAAAAGAGAGUCACUUAAGUGACAUAACAGUUUUUUUACUUGAAUAAUUUUUUUUUUUACUGCAUUAUGAUGUCAAAGCCUGUGAUAGAGUCUUAAAGGGGCGGUUCGGGUCAGGUUUUAUCGUGAUGGCGCUCCUUUAAGGAGCAUCAGGAUAAAUAAAUUAAAAAAUUAAAAAAAUAACUUUUUUUAAACAUUAAUACUCGCUACAUAGGACUGACAGUAACCAAAUAGUUGGAAAAUUUCAUAAAAAAAUAAAUAUUUUCUUAGGGGUGAUAAUAAUAUUUAUCUUGCGGCUUCAAAAGAGAAAAAACAUGAAAAAGUAUUAGACGACAAAAAAAAAAUUGUUGAUUUAAUUUAUUGUUUAACUUGAUGGCUAAGGGAAAAUUUAUCACACCACAAAACAAA